UUAAUUUUAUAAAGGAGAGUUAGAUUUCUUUUGUUCUUUUAAAAAGCUUAAUUAUGGUUGGAAGGUGGUAAAUUUUUGCAAAAGCAAGUUUUAUGAUGCAUUUCAACACCUUAUCACAGCCAAUGUGAUAUUAAGUAAGAUACUCUGAUGAGUUGCAUUCUCUUUACAUUUCUAUAUAAUGGUGGGGUUUUUUGGGGGGGUGGCCUUCAAAUUCUUCUGGAAGUAGUUUAAAGAGAUUAUUGAAUGCAGUGUUUUUCAUAUGGUGGGAAUGAUUGAAUUAAUUUGCCAGGAGCAUGAUUAUUUUAUAUAAAAUAUAAAAGGACCCAAAUUCUUAGCCAACUUGGGACUUCUAUUAUAUUUCAGCAACUAGAUACAUAUUAUGAGAACAAUUCAGGAAAUUUCUUCAAAGAUCAAAAACAUUUAAAAAUAUCAUUUUACCACUAUAUUCUAUGGUUUAAUAUAUGUGGAAAUUUACUGCCUAUCAAAACUGAAUUAAUAUGACAUCUUUGUACUUAUGCAUGUGUGAGAAAUGGACUAUGCAUAAUUAAAAUAAGUGAGAAAUCAUUAUUUGUAUGCUUGCAUUUUCUACUUAAUUUAAAAAUCAUCUAUUGAUAUCUCAAAAUAUCAGAUCAUUACCAGUAAGUGAAAUAGCCAUCCUCAUGGCUAAGAGGUUUUAAGAUAGGAUAGAGAUAGAUGUUCAUACAACAAAGUGUAGCACUCUUCAUUUAAUUUUCACCAAAUUUUGAUAUUUUUUCACAGAACCAAGAGAAAUGGAACAUAUAGCAAUAAUGCUAUGAGUACUGGGAAAACCCACUAUGUUCCUUUCAGGUUCACACCUCCUACUAUGGUUAAGAAAAAUUGUAGGCUGGGUUUUAUCAUCACCAUCUUCAUCACCACCACCAUCACCAUCAUAAUUAAAUAAUACUUGUUUAAUCAGAUGAAUCUGCCUAUGGGAAUGGUGGCUCUGUGCAAAGACCAUGACUCCAGGUCUGGAAAACAACCUUCGCAGACCCUAUCUCCUUCAGAUUUCUUGGACAAAUUAAUGGGAAGGACAUCAGGAUAUGAUGCAAGAAUCAGGCCAAACUUUAAAGGUCCUCCAGUAAACGUUACUUGCAAUAUUUUUAUCAACAGUUUUGGAUCAGUCACAGAAACCACAAUGGACUACCGAGUGAAUAUUUUUCUGAGACAACAGUGGAAUGAUUCACGGCUGGCAUAUAGCGAGUACCCUGAUGAUUCUCUGGACUUGGACCCAUCGAUGCUGGACUCCAUCUGGAAACCAGAUUUGUUUUUUGCCAAUGAGAAGGGUGCCAACUUCCAUGAUGUCACCACUGACAACAAAUUGCUUCGGAUUUCAAAGAAUGGCAAAGUGCUCUACAGUAUCAGACUCACCUUGACCUUAUCCUGUCCCAUGGACUUGAAGAAUUUUCCAAUGGAUGUCCAGACUUGUACAAUGCAGCUGGAGAGUUUUGGGUACACGAUGAAUGACCUGAUAUUUGAGUGGUUAAGUGAUGGCCCAGUUCAAGUUGCUGAAGGACUGACCCUGCCUCAGUUUAUUUUGAAAGAAGAGAAGGAACUUGGCUACUGUACAAAGCACUACAACACAGGCAAGUUUACCUGCAUCGAGGUUAAGUUUCACCUGGAACGCCAGAUGGGAUAUUAUCUGAUCCAGAUGUACAUCCCCAGUCUGUUGAUAGUCAUUUUGUCCUGGGUCUCUUUUUGGAUAAACAUGGAUGCAGCCCCUGCCAGGGUCGCACUGGGCAUCACGACAGUCUUAACGAUGACCACCCAGAGUUCAGGCUCCAGGGCAUCUCUGCCAAAGGUCUCCUACGUAAAAGCGAUUGACAUCUGGAUGGCGGUGUGCCUUCUGUUUGUGUUUGCAGCCUUACUGGAAUAUGCGGCAGUGAACUUUGUCUCCAGGCAGCACAAGGAGUUCCUGCGACUCCGGAGAAGACAGAAGAGGCAGAACAAGGAAGAAGAUGUUACUCGUGAAAGUCGUUUUAAUUUCAGUGGUUAUGGGAUGGGUCACUGCCUCCAAGUGAAAGAUGGAACAGCUGUCAAGGCCACACCUGCCAACCAGCUCCCACAACCCCCCAAAGAUGCAGACGCCAUCAAGAAGAAGUUUGUGGACCGGGCAAAAAGGAUUGACACGAUAUCUCGAGCUGCCUUCCCACUGGCCUUCCUCAUUUUCAACAUCUUUUACUGGAUCACAUACAAGAUCAUUCGGCAUGAAGAUGUCCACAAGAAAUAGAUGUGCCCUUCAGACCCUGGGACAUUCUUGCUAACUGUUGUGCUUGUAAAUACACAGUGAAAUUGUCUUUACAUCACUUUGACAGAGGAGAAGACUGGGGGAGGGGGGAGGGAGGAACAUGGGAGUGGGGUUCCUGGCACCUACAUGAAUAAAGACAAGUUAUCCGGGCAAUGAAGGAAAAUUGUUUGCACAAAAUUAAGGUGUUACAGAAUCACAUGAGCAUAAUUCCCUUCAUAGUCUUUAGCAUUGCUCUUUCAGAUGACGCAUUAAUUAGACAUGAUAUGCAAGGUCAAGUACUUGAGGGCUAUUUGUCUUUUGGUUUGGUUUGGUUUGGUUUUGACUAAUUCUGAUACUGAAAAGUUAGUUUAGAACAAAUGCAGGUGUGAGGGUGGGCGUGCGCAUGCACAUGCACACACACACAGACACACACAUACAAGGAAAAUGCUUACCAUUUGACCAUGAUGACUAGCCUAUAGUUAGUCGAGGACCAAACUUUUUCAGGAAAAUGCUGCCUCGUUUUUAAAACUAGCCUCCUGAGCUAUGUUCUUUACAAUGUCUGUAAUUAGUGUUUCACCUGAGAAAACCUUUUGUGAGUCAUAAAUAAUUUCUACUUAUUGAGAAAACAACAAAAAGAUAAAUAUCAAUCACAAACAAAAGAUUUCUACUUUACUGUCCAUGUAGGUGUGCAUUUUAAUAUUCUUUUUCUUUCCUGGAUGUAUUCGGGGAUUUAAAUUGUGUAUUGUGAAAUUGAUUUGAUAGUAUGCCCUCUUAAAAAUAAAUGCCCAUUUUCUUUUAGAUCCAAGUUAGCACACUACAUUUUCUUCGCUUUGGCUAUAUUUAUGUGCAAUUAAGUGCUCAAGUGUGACUUAGCCAUUGCAGCCUCUCAGCCACAGUAUUUAUGGAGAUGAUGUGUCCUGAAUGGUGUAGCUCCUAUCAGCUUGAACUUUCCAUUUCUGCUCUCAUUGUAGGUGUAACUAUUAGUCCUAAUGUCAACUGAUCCAUAAUUUCUACUGUUAAUUCAAGUGAAUAUUGUUUUAAAUAUCCUUAAUUAACUUAAAGAAUUUUAAAACUGUACUGUGAUUUUCAUAACCCGUUGCCUUUUUGGUACCAGAGCUACGUGGUUUGAAUCCUGGCUACAUGUUUUAAGUAAGAAAAAAAAAAAAAAAAAGACGUAUUUUUGCUUACUCAGAUAAAAGACAACCU